AUGCUUACUAGUGCGUCUUAUACCGCGGAACGUAUUCGGUGUGUCCUUGCCUUUUUCACUAGAAUAAAUUCCAUCAAAAAGUUCACCUUUUGUUCUGCUUCAAAUAAUGCGUCGUUGAGAACUCAUACGUGUGGGGAAUUAAGGGAAUCCGAUGUCGGGAAAGCGGUCACUCUUUGCGGUUGGUUGUACAAUACGCGUAUGUCUUCGUCAUUUCUAUUAAUCAGAGAUGCCUAUGGAAUCACACAGGUGGUUCUUGAGCCUAUGUUCCGACUUGGAUUACCACCUAGUGAUUCUGUUAUCAGGGUACAUGGGGUCGUUCAGUCCAGACCACCAAAAGACAUAAAUAAGUCCAUGCAAACAGGAGAGAUUGAGAUCAGGGCGACUAAAGUUGAGACACUGAAUAGUGCCUCCGAGUGCAUUCCUUUUAAAAUGAAGGAAAGAACAGGAGUUGAUGAGCAGCUAGGUUUAAAAUAUCGUUACCUUCAACUGAGGCAGCCUGAGUUUCAAAAACGCCUCCGAUUUCGAUCAGAAUUCCUACGCAAGAUUCGCGACUACCUCUGCGAGGAUAGAGAAUUCAUCGUUCCAUCACAGUUCCGAGGGCAGUUUUAUGCCCUUCCACAGAGCCCACAGCAAUUCAAACAACUUUUGAUGGUUGCUGGGCUUGAUCGCUACAUGCAAAUUGCGCGUUGUUUUCGCGAUGAGCUUGCACGACCGGAUAGACAACCAGAAUUUACACAACUUGACAUUGAAGCAUCUUUCAUCAGUAGGGAGGAUAUUUAUGAUAUUGUAGAAUCUACCUUGGCUUAUGCCUGGCCUGAAGUCUGUAAGUACAAUGAGAUAACCGAAGAUCUGAGAACUCCUUUUUCGCGUAUGUCGUAUGAUGAAGCUAUGAAAAGGUAUGGAAGCGAUAAACCCGAUGUACGUUUCGACAUGGAGUUAGAAAGUUCUGGCUGCGGUGAAAGUGAGCAAUUCGCAUUUUUUGUUAUCCCAGCUGGCUACGCUAAGGUGCUGUCAAAGCCUUUCUUCUCGAAGAUGCUGUCCCUGGUAGUCGAGAAAGAUGCCUUAAGCCUUUCAGUCCUUCCAUAUGAUAAAGUAAAGUCCAUUGACGAGGUUAAGGCUGCAGGUCUUUCUCACCUCAAACCCGGCGAAGUUGCCAUUCUGGCCAAUGGCACCGAUCAUCCCUGGCGAAAGGCUCUGGGAACGGCACGAGUUCUAACUGCCAAGGAAUUGGACUCUAAGGGUGUUCAAAUCUACAAGCCCGGAUUCUUCUUUCACUGGGUGGAGAACUUUCCACUGUUCUCGAAGAACGAGAUCGGCGAUUUCGUAUCUAAACAUCAUCCAUUCACGGCUCCUGUUGAAUCGGAGGUGGAUUUGCUUUACACGGAACCGGCGAUGGUGCGUGGGCAGCAUUACGAUCUCGUGUGCAAUGGCCAGGAGGUGGGUGGUGGAUCCCUUCGGAUCCACCGGUCCGAUAUGCAACGCUACGUACUGGAGCACAUUCUCCACGAAGAUGUAACCCCACUCAGGCACCUUCUCGAGGCCCUCUCCUUUGGAGCGCCACCGCAUGGCGGGAUCGCUCUAGGCAAAACUGACUCCGUUCCCAUUGCAGGCCUGGACCGCCUAAUAGCCAUCUUUACAAAUGCGCAGACCGUUCGGGAUGUCAUCGCCUUCCCGAAGACGGCCGGAGGCCGAGAUCUACUUUCCAACUCGCCGGAUACCGUACCAAACACCGAACUAGACCGGUACUUCAUAAGGGUUCUCUGGGACAAAGAAUGA